CCAACUGUUGGGGUUGCCUCAGGGAUUUCAGAUAACCCUAUGCUCAAAGCAGAGGGAAGGCACCCAGAGACAGCUCCACCUGUGCCCCAGGGAGCUGGAGGCGGUGCGGGGGCAGGGGAGGUAUAAAAGGGCCAGCCCUAUAGAAGGCUGGAGACACUGGUCUCCGGAUCAAGGACAGAGCCUCGCCAAGUCACUCCCAGCUCUCUCAUCUGGCAGUCCCUGAGCCACUGUCGCCGAGAUGGGAGUCUGGCUCCUUUCCCUGAUAACUGUGCUGCUGUCUUUAGCCCUGGAAACCGCUGGACAAGGAGAAAGGAUUAUAGAUGGCUACAAAUGUAAAGAAGGCUCGCACCCAUGGCAGGUGGCUCUGCUCAAAGGCAAUCAGCUUCACUGUGGAGGGGUGCUGGUGGACAAAUACUGGGUGCUCACAGCAGCCCACUGCAAAAUGGGUCAGUACCAAGUACAGCUGGGCAGUGAUAAAAUAGGGGACCAGAGUGCCCAGAAGAUCAAGGCUACAAAGUCAUUCCGGCACCCUGGCUACUCCACAAAGACCCACGUCAAUGACAUCAUGCUUGUGAGGUUGGAUGAGCCAGUCAAGAUGUCAUCCAAAGUGGAGGCAGUCCAGCUUCCUGAACACUGUGAACCCCCAGGGACGUCAUGUACCGUCUCUGGAUGGGGCACCACAACCAGCCCAGACGUGACCUUUCCCUCGGAUCUUAUGUGCUCGGAUGUGAAGCUCAUCUCCUCCAGGGAGUGCAAGAAGGUGUACAAGGACCUGCUGGGGAAAACCAUGCUGUGUGCUGGCAUUCCUGACUCUAAGACCAACACGUGCAAUGGUGACUCAGGGGGGCCCUUGGUGUGCAACGACACCCUCCAAGGUCUGGUGUCCUGGGGUACCUACCCUUGUGGCCAGCCCAACGACCCAGGCGUCUACACUCAAGUCUGCAAGUACAAACGGUGGGUGAUGGAGACCAUGAAAACCCAUCGCUAACAUGCCAGGAGCCGAGCUGUGAGCCUUUGAGGUUAUGAUCAUGGAGUAAGGACAUCGUGGCAUCCCUGUAAAGUCCUGCCUGGCUUUACCUUUCCUCCAGGACAUAGCCAAACCUCAACACUAGGUUAAGUUUAUAAACCAAUCAGAACCCCAGAGACCUAAAAGCAAAUCAAGGCAAGAGACUAAGAAACCUGAGGGCUGUGGAAGAUGCCAGAAGGCUAAAGCUUUCCAAUACAAGAGCCAGGGAUUCCUACAGUCCUUUAUUGGAAAGUGGUUGGUAACUGUGAGACCUUCAUCCACUGCCUUGGACUCAGGUCAUCCAUUUCUGCAGAGUUCUUUCUCAAAAAAAAAAAAAAAAAAGAUUGAACCAAGUUUGGAUUCAUUACAGUACUUAUCAUAGAGGAAGAAAAGAAUGGAAACGGUUAACAUGUUCAAAAUAGUAGAUUAUUUACAUGGGAGUUGGACUGCUCUCAUUAUGAAGUUGUGAAGUUGCUUAAGGUGUACUGCUUAGCCUUAUGCAAGAGAGACUGUUGUUGUGUGGUGUUUAAUGGGGACGUGGGCUGAACAUGCCAAAUGAAUACUAGUGAGACAGAAUAAAAUCUAAGUGAUAUUGAUGUGUGUGCUCAUAACCUGGAAGGUAACGUUGGGGAAGCUGGGAGCCACGAUGGUGGAGGGAGGAGAUCUAUGAAGAAGAGUUGGCUAAGAAAUUGUAGCUAGGCCAGCAAGAUGGCUCAGUGGAUAAAGGUACUUGCUGCCAAUCCUGACAUGGCUUAAGUUUCAUCUCUAGAGCCUACACAGUGGAAGGGAACAACUGACGCACGCUUGUUAUCCUCUGACCUCCAAGUGUGCUGGGGCACAAGUGUCCCUGCACACAAAUAUGGACGCCAAACCAGAUUAAAAUGCAAAUAAAGUAGUCUUCAUGUUUUUAACUUUUA